AUGACCGAGACCACAAAGACUCACGUUAUCCUGUUGGCCUGCGGCAGCUUCAAUCCCAUCACUAAAGGGCACAUUCAGAUGUUCGAAAGAGCCAGGGAUUAUCUGCAUAAGACUGGAAGAUUCAUUGUGAUUGGUGGGAUUGUCUCUCCUGUCCACGACUCCUAUGGAAAACAGGGCCUGGUGUCGAGUCGGCAUCGUCUCGUCAUGUGUCAGCUGGCUGUCCAGAAUUCCGACUGGAUCAGAGUGGACCCAUGGGAAUGCUACCAAGACACCUGGCAGACGACCUGCAGUGUGUUGGAACACCAUCGAGACCUCAUGAAGAGGGUGACUGGCUGCAUCCUCUCCAAUGUCAACACGCCUUCCAUGACACCUGUGAUUGGACAGCCACAACACGAGAACACCCAGCCCAUUUACCAGAACAGCAAUGUGUCCACCAAGCCCACUGCAGCCAAGAUCUUGGGAAAGGUGGGAGAAAGCCUCACCCGGAUCUGCUGUGUCCGCCCUCCUGUGGAGCGAUUCACCUUUGUAGAUGAGAAUGCCAACCUGGGCACAGUGAUGCGGUAUGAAGAGAUUGAGUUGCGCAUCCUGCUGCUGUGCGGUAGUGACCUGCUGGAGUCCUUCUGCAUCCCAGGACUCUGGAAUGAGGCCGAUAUGGAGGUGAUUGUUGGGGACUUCGGGAUCGUGGUGGUUCCCCGGGAUGCAGCUGACACAGACCGAAUCAUGAAUCACUCCUCAAUACUCCGCAAAUACAAAAACAACAUCAUGGUGGUGAAAGAUGACAUCAACCAUCCCAUGUCUGUAGUCAGCUCCACCAAGAGCAGGCUGGCCCUGCAGCAUGGGGACGGCCAUGUUGUGGAUUACCUGUCUCAGCCAGUCAUCGACUACAUCCUCAAGAGUCAGCUGUACAUCAACGCCUCGGGCUAGCGACACCCAGCUCUCCGCUCUACUCUCCCUGUGUCCUCUGCCAACACACUGGCCCCUCCAGCCACUGUCAGACCCCAUUUUCUCUCUGCCUCUCUGUUUCUCUGUCUUCAUCUUGACUGUUCUCCCCACUGGCUGACUUAACCCCCACAGUGUGGGGGGCCUGCGAAGAACCGUGGCAUUUCCCAUUCCACAGUCAUCUUUGGAUAAACUUUCCUCUAGUCUCCGGGUUGGGGGUGGGUAAGGGAACAGGGUGGGAGUUGGGGGAAGUGCAGCCCUUGGAGAUGUACUGGUGUCCGUCUCCCAGCAUGCUCUAGAGAGGCGACUCUGGUGCCAUCCUCCCAGCAUGCUCUGGGGAUGUGGCUCAGGCUCUCGCCUUCCCAGCAUGCCCUUUACCACAAAGGGCUAUUUUUCUUUAUUUCUUUCCCUUUGUCCUCUUCUUGUAGAACUUGGAUGGAAUCAGUGUGUGUGGUUUUUAUGUUUGUGGUCUUGAUGCUCUCCUGCAGUUUACUUCCCUUUUGACAGGACACGAUAGCCAGUCUCGGCACUCUGAGUGCGUGAGGGCCACACCCAGGAAAGAAGGCAGAGUCUCUUCUGCUUCUUCAACACACAGGCACAUACACGAACCCAUGCCCAUAGACACAAACACACACAUGCACACACACACAAGCACAUAUAUGCACACACACACAUUCACACAUACACAAACACAUACAUGCACACAUGCACACUCAUGCACACACACACAGACAGCCACACCUGCAGCAACCUGAAACCCCUUUGGUCAGGAAUAAGACUCUCAGGUUCUGAAAGCUGGCACACAAGUCUGGGAAAAGUAGAAUUUCUCAGAAUUUGGGUAGCUAGUUUCAGAAGACCAUGGUCCUAAUUCUCUGUGUCUGACUGGUGGCAUUGUAUGGGUUCCCUGCCAGACAGGCAUUUCCAGAGAGAGCAAAAGCUCUAGAGGCCAUGGUAAGAUGUGUUCCUGCCAGUGAGAGGAAUCACAGGCGAGACCAAGUGCUGAUAAUCCAUUCAUUUCUUUUGAAAACAAGCUCAGAGUCCACUUGACCAUGGAGAUUCUUUGCUAAUUGGGAUUGUUUAUUGCCCAUUUGGCUGGGAACUGCAAGUUCAGGAUGCUCUGGGAGAAUGCAAUUUGUUACCCUGAGGAGAAUUCAUGAUCCCCACCCACUCAGCCUAAAGUUGCCCAGCUGUGCCCAAAGCCCUUUCUUUCUUGGGAAGUGAUCACCCUUGUUGCCGAGCUGGCCCUGUCAGUCUCCUGCAGAGCCCAGCAGCAGCAGCCAAUGCCCUAGGACGUCUCCCUGACAAGAGUGGGUUCACAACAGAACUAUCUCCCCAUUUCUCCCCACUGUCCGCCCCUUCUCUCUACCUCCGAAAACAAUUUGGACGCCCAUACCCUGCCUGGAGAGCUAAUAGGAAAUGAUCUUUAUGUUUUGUGUUUCCCAUCCGGCCCCUGUCUCUUGGGUUUCGGGUUGUUCACAGGGAAUGGCUCCUGAGUGUGAGGCUACUUUUAACAUGGCCCAGGUGGGACCGAACAGGGGUGAUGUUCUUUACCUCGAGUUUCACUCCAGCUCCCUCAGCUAACUCUAAGGGAAAAAAGUGGAGUCCACAGAAUUGUGUACAGCAGCCCACACUGCUCUGUGGUUCUUUAGACUGUAGAAACCAUCUCCAGAGGGAGGAGAUUAUUUUUAUAAUCUAGAGGUCCAAUGUUUGGCUAAAGGUCCCAGAAAAAAACAAAAACAAAAACAAAACAAAACAAAAAACAGAGAAAACGUGCAGAACCCAUUUGCUCCCAGGUUCUUUUGAAAUCAAGGGAGUAGAACGCCUAGCGAGUCAGUGUCUGGUCCAGGAUCUCGAAGCCCAUCCUGGGAAGCAUGAGGAGAGAAUGCUGUUUUCCUAGACAAAAGAAAGCCGGAGCCGGAUUGCCUGGGGCAACAUGGUGUCGUGAAGGCUCUGGAGCUGUCAAGGGUCUGCAUGAGAAAGAUAACAUUUCUUCCGUCCCUUUGGUUCACUGUGUUCCUCCUCUGGACUCUGGUCAAGCCUCAUUUACUUCAUGGCCUGAGGUGAGGACCCAGGCUAGCCCAGCACCCUUGGGCAGCAGGCAGCUAGGAGCAGGGAGGGAAGGAAGGUGAGCUGGGAGGACAGGUGUGGAAGUCGGUUCUGGGAAGCAGGUGGGCAGACUAUCUUGAUGAGGUGUGUGGAAACAGUUUUCCUGCCACAGAAGUGAGUCCCUUCCAGGUGGAGCCAAUUGUCCAUUCACUUCCCUGUCUCUUUCUCCCUUUGUUGGAGCAAAGGUAGAGUGCAUCCCCCACCCUUGUGCAGAACAGCACGGUGUGACUGUGACCUGCCCCAGCCAAGAUAGUUUUAAGUGGUGCCUCGUAUGUCCUCAGGAUGCUUGUCUUUGGGGACCUGCUGCUUCCUGUGAAGGCUGGCCCAUUACUAGCGUGGCCCAGAGAUGCUGGUGACGGCACAGAAUGGAGUGUUCUGAUUAUUUACAGCUGCCAGCAAACAACAUCCCUGCCAUUUUUUAAAAAAGAGGCAGACAGACGGGCAGCAGGGAAAUGUUAACAGCUCUCUCCUCCAGGAGUGGGGUUGUGGGGAACCUGGGUUGCUAGUCCGUCCCACAUGCCCAAUCCCAGGUAGCCUCUGGGCCCCUGGCUUUCAUUUUCUUUGAAUGUACAUUGACCAGCAAAGGAAGUCUCCUACUGAAGUGCCUGAAAUCACAGCUGGUUUCCAGAGACACUGCUCUUCCUAUUUUGGCUUGGCCACACGUUCUAGUCUCAUGUUUCAGAAUCUCCGAAAGAACUCAUGAACUUGCCAUUCAAAUAUGUAGGAAGUAAAACUUGAUAAUCAAACUGCAUCCGAAGCUGGAGGAUUACAGAGAGCCCAAAUCCACUCCCUCACUCCGGUAUUCUCACACACUUUUAGGGGACUAAGAGAAGCACGCCCAUUUAUUUUUUGUUUCUAUUAGAAAAGAAAGGCAAUGCCAGGUGUGGUGGCACGCACCUGUAAUUCCAGCACUGAGAGGUGGAGGCUGGAGGAUCAGGAGUUCAAGUCCAGCCUCUGUGCACGUAAGACCUUGUAUCAAAACAAAAUCAGCAAUGCAAAAACAGCAUAUGAAAAGCUCAGGUUCUCUCCCAAGGCUACAGCAGGAGGGGCAGAAGGAUGGAGACAGGCUGAUUCUGUAACUAAUGUAAUUAAGACGCCUAGAGAUAGCCUGUGGUAAGGAGGGUGUGGUCUGCCAUGCUGAUCUGACCCACACACUUUGUGAGCUGACUGGGAAAUUCAACUUAUGUGAUUUCUGUGUGGUAUGCGUUUGCAAGUGUCCGAGUAGCCUAUUCCAGUUAGUUAGAAAUGAGUUGCAGCCCUUUCUCACCUCCUUUCGGUGGUGUCCCAGGGCCCUCUGCUUGAUCCUCCUGGGGUUGGAAUGGGGAGGAAGAAGCUUUUUUGUUUUUGUUUUUAAUCAUAUCAUCUGUUGAUUUAAGAGUGAGAUUUACUUUAUAGAAAUCAACUCAUUAGUAAAAACUCCAUUCAAGUUGCAAUACCAUUUCAUAGUGAAAUAUUUUUGAGUAGAGUUUUGUUGCUAGACUAGUCAUGGCAAGAGUUUUAUCAGCAAAAUGUUUCAAUUAUGUUAAUAAACCAGACAAUGCUACUA